AUCUCAUGUGCAAGUCUUAAGGUCUAACAGAGGUCAAGGAAAAAAGUUAGCAGCGUGGGUGAGGUUUGCACAUGAGAGCUACCCAACAAACUUCCUCUACACAAAACACAGUCAGCCUGUGGAGUCUAAUACCAGUGUAAAAUACCAGUGGUUUUUUUUUUCCCAAAAGGGCUAGGUUUUUUUUUUUUUAAAUAAUAUCAUUUGCACUUACGCCACAAUGGGUGAGGGUAAUUGAUGCAAAGCAUAAAGCGAUCACUAUGGGAAUCAAGAAUCCCAGCUGCAUAGGUACUAUGUUUUGUGGCUGAUGCUUUCCUCUGCUGUUCUGCUCUUUCACCUUCAUACUCUUCUGGUUACACUUUAAAUCCUUUGAGAAGAGGCUGUUUCUCACUAUGUUUUUAUGGUUUCUAGCCCAAUGGGAUCCUGAUUUGGUUGAGACCUCUAUGCUGUACCAUAAGACAUGUAACAAAUAAUUUUUCUGUUAUUUUUUUAUCUGCUUUUGAUAUCUCAGUCAACGGACACUAAUUGAGUCAGUCCGUAUCAAAUGGAGUUCCACAGUAAUUGCUUACCAUAUUCCAGUAUUGCUGUGGCUGUCUUGUUGUUUUGUUUUACAGUAUUCUCCCAUAAUUGUCCACUUUUUCUGAUAAGAAAUGAUUGUUGACUUCAUGCAUCAAUUAGCUGAUUGAAUCCGGUACUACAAAGCCCAUAGUAAACAGGGGUGGUAAGCCCAUAUCUGUAUGAGACAUGAUUUACUUCUCACAGAUGGACAGAACAGUUCAGAUUCUGUUGUUCCCCACAUUAUGCUUAACACACUCCUUUGUUUCUCUCUUGAGGAGGUGCCUAUAGCCCUGGCCUCUCAUAUACCUGCUGCAGAGAAACAAGAGUCUAUACAGGCUGGCAGUCCAUCAGAACCUGGAGAUGCCAACAAGGAGUAUAUUGUGGCAGGAGCACGGCCCACUAACAAGAGAACCUCCUUGAGGAGUUCCAGCAGAACCUCAUGGAAGAUCUCCAAGGGCCCCGCAGCUCCAGGAACACCUUCAAUCUCUGCUCCAGUUAAACCCAUGACAUCCCCCUCUGUGCAGCAUCUCUGGACCAGAAGCUACAGCAAACAGAGCCUUCGGCCUAAAAGUCCCUCUGCACAGACUGAUGAUGCUGGAGAGGAAGGAGAAGAGACCAGAGAUGUCUCAGGCACCAAGGAACCUGCAGUGGGGCAACAUCAAAGAGGGAGGACUGGGGCCCUCCAACAGCUGGCACAGUCUAGCCAGAGGGAAGCAGAAGAUGCUCAAACCAACUCAGAUGUAGCAAGGCAGCAUCGGACACUGGGGCCCAGAAUACCUGGAUCUCCCCGAAAGACCAUCAAGAGCCGCUACAAAGAGACAAAGGAAGUUCAGAAUAGUUUAAGUGCAAAGGAAUCCUUAGCAUCAAUAGGGCAAGAUGUGAAAGCUGAAGGAAAGCCCCUUCCAGAGAGGAAGAGCAGCCUGAUUCCCCCCAUUAUUAAACACAACUGCGGGAGCACUGUCGUGGACCACCUCAUUGCUGCAGAACAGGAACGCCGUGCUCUCUGCGAGGCUGGAUUGAUUGAAGGGCAGAAGCGACUCAGCGACCGAACACUCAAACUGCUCGAAAACCCCCUGACCUCCACAGGUUUUGCUGAUUACAAUGAGCUGGGCUACAACCUGAGGUCCAACAUCUUCCAAGGUGGCCCACUGGAAAGCAAGAGCCUGAUGAAGGAUUCCUAUACCCCAGAUGUGAUUCAGAGGGCAGUCAGGGACCCCAAGCACUGGCAUGGAAGGAAAACUGAUGAACUAGGGAGGUGGCAUCAGAAAAAUGCCUUAAACAUCAACCUGCAAAAAGCUUUGGAGCAGAAAUAUGGGGAGAAGAACAAAGGUUCCAAGUCCUAGACGGUGAAGGAAAGAAUAUGAGUGCUUGCAGAGAGGGGCUUGCUCUUCCUACCCAGACAAUAAACCUCCAUGCAACCUCUAAA